AUGUCACAAAUACAAACCAUCCACUCAGAAAAGGAAUUCGCUUCUAACUAUUUAACUUUACUUUCAAUUUCAGAUUCCAACAUUGUUUUGGAAGAUUCUUAUAAGAAAGAUUUGAAAGAAAUUAAGACAUUGGGUAUUAAAUUACCAAAUUUACCAAAUCCAAAGAAAUCAAAUGAUAGAGAUUUAAUUUCCAAUGGUUCACAAGAUGGGAAACUUGUUAAUGUCACUUUCAAAUCUAUAAAACCUCCAAGAUUCAACAUCAAUUCUAAAAUUAAUUCAAAUAUCACAAUAUUUAAAAUUAAAUCUGAUUUAAUUAAAUCCCAAAAUGAAUUGAGAGAAUUAGAUCCUUCUCAAUUAAAAUUCCUUGUUAAAGGUAAAGUUAUUCAAGAUUCUUCAUUAUUAAGUUCAAUUCUUGGUACAGAUGAAGAAAUUACAUUCACAGUUAUGAUUAAUAAAUCAAAUACACCAACACCAAUUCCAAGCUCAGGUUCAAAUGAUAAUGAUAAUAUUAAUGAUGAUGAACCUGAAAUUUCAAAUAUUGAUCAAAUUAAACCUGAAAUACAGAUACCAUGGAAUGAUAUUGGUGAAUUAUUGAAAUCCAAAGGUUUAGACUCUACUGUUGUGAUAUCAAGAUUACAAAAAGGUUGGGAAUUAACCAAAAAUUAA